GGUUUGGGCGCGAGAUUUGGCGGGAGGGAGGGUCCAAGGCUUUGUUUGUAAGAAUCUGUGUUUACUUAGUGUACACUUUAAUCUCAAUUUGCUUCCUCCUCGUGUGAGUUUGUGUGAGCACUUGCAGCGGCACUUCUUCCGCACUCACUGGCUUGGCUGGUUUGCUAUAAAGACUCAUGGCUCGGCGGCCGCGGAAUAGUUUGUACAGCAGCGAUGAGGAAGAAGAAGAGAUUGAAAUGUUUGAUCAUGAUUAUGAUGGUCCUCAACCAAAGUCUUGUAAACGUCAGUUAAGUAAAACACGAUGGACACGUGAAGAAGAUGAAAAAUUGAAGAAAUUAGUUGAACAACAUGGAAUAGAAGACUGGAAAGUGAUUGCUAAUUUUCUUCCAAACCGGACUGAUGUGCAGUGCCAGCACCGAUGGCAAAAAGUCCUAAAUCCUGAGUUGAUUAAAGGCCCUUGGACAAAAGAAGAGGAUCAAAGGGUAAUAGAACUUGUUCAGAAAUAUGGCCCAAAACGUUGGUCUGUAAUAGCAAAGCACUUAAAAGGUAGAAUAGGGAAACAAUGCAGGGAACGAUGGCACAACCACUUGAACCCUGAGGUGAAAAAAACUUCCUGGACUGAGGAAGAAGACCGAAUUAUAUACCAAGCACAUAAAAGACUUGGGAACAGAUGGGCAGAAAUAGCAAAGCUGCUUCCUGGAAGGACUGAUAAUGCUAUCAAGAACCACUGGAAUUCCACAAUGCGCCGAAAAGUAGAGCAGGAAGGCUAUCUGCAGGAAUGUGCCAAAGCCAACCAGCAAUCAGCAGCUACAAACUUUCAAAAAAAUAACCAUAUCAUGGCUUUUGCCCAUACUCCCCCUUCCAACCAAAUGCCUGUUACCCAACAUCACAUAAAUGGCGAUUAUGCAUACUUUCAUAUUCCUGAUCCACAAGAUAUUUCUAGUCAGAUGCCCUAUCCCGUAGCUCUACAUGUGAAUAUGGCAAACAUUCCCCAGCCAGCCACUGCAGCAAUCCAGAGGCACUAUAAUGAUGAAGAUCCUGAGAAAGAGAAAAGAAUAAAGGAAUUAGAGUUGCUACUAAUGUCGACUGAGAAUGAACUGAGGGGGCAUCAGGCAUUACCAACUCAAGCAGCAGACUACUCAGGUUGGAAUAGUACUGUGGUCAUUGGCAAUACAGGAAUUCACAGCAGUAAUGUGACCUUAACAUGCUUGGGAGAACACCGGCACCCCGCACACCCAUCUCCCAUGGACCACGGUUGCCUCCCUGAAGAGAGUGCUUCGCCAGCAAGGUGUAUGAUUCAUCCCAAUGGAAUACUUUCACCAUUGAGAAAUGUCACCGAAUACUCAGAAGCAUUUCAACUAAUAGAUUCAGAUCCAUCUGCAUGGGGUGACCUCAGCAGUUUCGACUUCUUCGAAGGGGAAUACAGCACAGCUAGCAAAAACGUUACAGCCAAAAGCACACAGCUUCAGCACAGAGAGAGCAGCAUUUGCCAGUAUGAAGGACAUACUAACACAAGCCUAAGAAAAAGCAUGGUGUGUCAGGGUUCCCCGGCUUUGCUCAGCUCACCCUCUGCUUCAAAGUUCAGCAUUCCACCAACUAUCCUUCGCCGCAAAAAGAGAGGGCAUCCCAGCCACUCAACUAGUGGUGAUAGUAUUUGCUCCACACUAGCUGUCUUCAGCUGCUCUACGCCCAAGCGCACCCUUGUCAAAAGUCUGCCCUUCUCUCCCUCGCAGUUUCUAAACCCAUCUGCAAAUGACCAUCUAGAAAUGGAAUCUCCUGCAUUAACUUCUACCCCAAUAUGCAAUCAAAAGGUCAAUGGAACAACUGCACUACUACACCGUGAACAAACAUGUAAAUCUCACAAAGAGAAUGAUGCUUUCAGAACCCCAAACAUCAGACGAUCAAUAUUAGAAGGCUCACCAAGAACACCAACACCCUUUAAAAAUGCACUUGCUGCUCAAGAAAUCAAAUAUGGUCCUUUGAAGAUGCUGACACCAUCUCAUCUUGCUGAAGAUAUUCAGGAAGUAAUUAAACAAGAAGUCGAUGAGACAGAAAUUCUAACUCGUCUUCAUGAAGGUGCACUACCUCCUUUGAAGAAGAUUAAGCAAGAAGUGGAGUCUCCUGAUAGGAAAAUGAGAAAAUUCUUUACUCUGGCUCCAUGGGAAAGGGAGCACUUGAAUACUCAGCUUUUCCCACAAGGUCCUUAUGAAAAUGUACCUAUGCAAAAUCUCCUUACUAGCUCUGUGUUAAUGAUGCCCAUGUCAGAGAGGACAGAUGAUAUUCUGAACAAAGCUCUUACAGUGCAAAGGAGCAGGCAAAUGGGCAGUCCUUUACAGCUUGUUAAUACCUGGGAAGCUGUGGCUUGUGGGAAGACUGAAGAUCAACUCAUUAUUACUGAACAAGCACACAAAUACAUGAACACAUUUUCCACCAGAACUUUGGUCAUGUAAUGGUUUCCAACUAAGCAUUACGAAGUUUUAAAACACUUUGUGUUGAGUCAUAAUCAACACUUCUUCUUGUGAAGUUUUCUACUGAUGGAUGUAGAGCAUUGUAUUACGAUAAUUCAGAAAUGGCAUAAAAUGCAUUCUGCCACUAAGCACAUUUGUUAUGUUUAUCAGACCAGAAUGGUUAUAUGUCACCAGCCCAAACUAAUUCACGAACAAGCAUCACA